CAAAAUUCACACGUUUUCUUGGCGUUGUUUUUUGUCCGGCGUUACAUUUUUAUAACACAUAAGGUUUUAUUUCAGCUUUUGUGAUGUAGAAAGUAAUCCAGAAAUUAUUUCCGAUGCACAUCUAUAAGUUUUCAUUUGAUUAUACAAAAUCUCAAUCAUAAACAUGUAGCGGCACAAAACUCACGAUGUUAGCAAUAGCGGCGCCCCUAGAAACCAUUUGACAUGAAAUAGACAUUGUAAUAGAUGGACCAUACAUAGACCUGCCACAAUGGCUUCACCUGUUGCGGACGCGGGCUCGAGCGCCGGCGUCCCGGGCCGCAAGCUCACCACGAUCGAUUUAGUUGGGGGCAUCUACUGUCACAUCUGCACUUUGACUUUUGGUAAUAAAAAAGAGUAUGACAGCCACUACUUGAUGCAUGAGACAGGCAGCAAGGAGAUCGUAUACACUUGCGUGGCGUGCCAUGUCACCAGCAACAGUUACCCCAGCUUCCGUGGACACUGCUACACUAAUCAUGUCAUUAAGGAUAGAUUCAAAUGCCAAUACUGUAACAAAACAUUAUCUAAAUUACCAGCUCUCAAGGAACACAUUGAAGCCAUGCACACAUUCAAAUGUAAUUCACCAUCUUGUGAUAAACAAUUUCUAUCAAAGAUGGAACUUUCCCUUCAUCAAAUUCUCCACAAGAAUGAUGUGAACAAGCCUCCGUAUCAGUGCCAAACUUGCACCGAAGAAAUUGACGGUAUUGUCUCGUGUGAAGACCACAUUGACAAGCACUGCAUGUUCAGCUACUCAUGCCCAAUCUGCAAUGAAAACAUCACUAAAGAAAAUGCUGCUAACCAUCUAACGAAACACUUUGGUAAUACCGAUUUGACUGAUGAAGAUAGUAGAAAUUCCGAAUUGAAUGAAAAUCCCGAAGACAGUUCGAUUACCAUAGUUGGUGGGAUAUUGUGCUGCUAUUGCAACAAUCUGUUCAAAAACCGAAUUGAAAUUGAUACACACUUUGCCGAGGAACAUCCGGGACAGGAGGUUCUGUACUCUUGUAACAUCUGUCCAAAGCAGUAUGAAAAGUAUUCCAUGUUUGGCAACCACUGUUACUAUCACUUCAGCAAAAACAGAUUUGUAUGCGAGUCAUGCGACAAGACGUUCCCCCGGUUGUCCCUGCUGGUGAUCCACGCGGAGGCCCACAGCGGCGGCGGCGGCGCGGGGCAGGCGGAGGCGCGGUUCCCGUGCGCGCGCUGCAGCCGCGUGUUCCAGACGGCGCGGCGCCUGCGCGACCACGAGCGCGCCCAGCACCACGUGCGCGCGCUGGCCUGCCCCGAGCCCGGCUGUCCUCAUGUAUUCGAAACACCGAAAGAUCUGAUCCUCCACCGCAAGCAUCACGAGACCGCUCUGGACACGUGGUGCCGCCAGUGCGGGCUGCAGUUCCCCACCCUCGCCUCCGCCGACAAGCACAUCGACGUGCACAAGAAGAAGCUGUUCUCGUGCCCCGUCUGCGCGCGACAGUACGGCGAGAAGUACCUCCUCAUGAAACACAUCCCCCAACACUUCGAAACGGUCUUCCACAUGUGCAAGGUCUGCGGGAAAAUCUUUAACGCCAAAAACCGCCUCAGCGAACACGUCAAAGUCCAUUCCAACAUCAAAAACUACGAAUGCAAAUUCUGUGGCAAGGGAUUCCUCAGACCGUAUCAGUUGCGCCAACAUCUGAACAUCCACACAGGGGCGAGACCGUACCAAUGCGUCGCGUGUCCGAAAACGUUCGCUUCGCUACCGAACUGGCAGAAACACGUGCGUCGAAUGCACAAUAUCGAUCCGAAAAUAAAGAAAAAGACAGACGAAACUAAUAUUCAGAAUAACUACGAAGUUGUGUUGAAAAAGGAACGUCAAAUUGACAGUUUUGAGUUGGAUGAAAAUGGUCAAGAUAAGAAAACGUAUGAUUUUUGUGUGGAUGAAGGUAUGGUGGAGCUGGAGAGCGUAGACGCGAAGCUGGUGGCGAUCGAGGCUCAGCGCUACGAGUACGAAGUCGACGUGAAGUCUAUGAGUGCCGACAGUGACAGUAUAGACGACCUCACCCCUAUACUGCCGGAUGACGCUAAUGAAUUCGUCUCUGAAAUCCUCGGCUCAGGCGAGGUGGUGGCCCUGUCCGUAGCACCAGCCAUCCCGUGCGAGUACGGGCCGGACUUCACGCGCGUGACGGAGCCCGACCAGCUGCCGCACAUCAACCCCGCGCUGCUCACGGCGCCCCCGCCCGCGCUGGUACAAGACUCCGUCCCCGCCUGGGAGCCCCGCAUCACUAAGGUAUAUGGAGGCUACAGCGGGUACUACACAGACCUCGACGACCACUUCUCCAUCAUCGACACGGAUAUUUUCUGAAGUGACGUAAGCUUUAAGCACAUUACCAUAUAGAGCAGAAAUAUUUUCCUCCAAAUUCAUUUUUAUUAUUUAUUAUAAAUUCGAUGAAAAAUAUAAUAGUUACAGCCAUCUGAAAUCUGACAGAAAGUAAUGGAAAUAUUAACUAAAUAUCGACACUCGUUUUCAUCUAGACCUGCGCCUAUUUACCACCCAUUACGCCAUCUCAUUCUACUCGAUUGAUCUGGCGUUUGGCUUCAUAGAAACAUGACGAAAUUUUGGUCAUACAAAUGAUAUGAGUUUCCUUCUCUAUAUGGUACGUGCUUUAGCCUAAGUCACCCGAUUUAGUGAGUAUAGUAAAUAGUAUUUUGUACGUACGUAAUGUUAUCGCCGGCCUCGGCCGGAUGUCCAGCACCUACCUCAGCAGAAGUAUAUACCUCAUAAUCCAUAGGUACUAUUUUAAUGUAACUCUUUAUAUAUAUACUAUACUUUAUAACAUACUUAUAUCCCACCAAACAUUAGAUAGAUAACGAUUUUAAUUCAUUAUUCAUAAUAAUACUACCUCAUUUUAGUUGUUUAAGUUUGUGGAUUAUCUGGAUGUGACGUCGUCGGGUAGACGAUGUUUAGCGAUAGAGUAGUGUUGUGCCAUUUUACAGUUGUGUAUGGUUUAUUAGAGGUGAGAGUGAGUUGUCGCUGUUGCUCGGUCUUGUAUCCAGUUUCGAGUAGAGUUGCCAAGUUAUCGAUAGUUUUACAAUCGAUCGUUUUCAUUUAAAACGGAGUAUCGAAUAUUAUUGAUACUAUUCUAUCGGCCAUCGUUCGGCAGCACUACUAUCGGGUACGGAUCAAGAUCCUUCGAGCAUUCCACAAGGGUCACUUCGGACCUUCAGGUCCUGGAUUCAAAUCGAUCCCGACCUGUUCUCGCUCGCAACUUUCGUCUUAUAAUUUCGUUUUAAUUAUCCAAAGUUUUAGGCUAAGACGCGAGCUACAGCUUUGUAAAUAUUUGGGUAUUGUUUUUGCACUUAGUAAUUGCAUUUGAAUUUGCUUUUCCGGCCGCCGUUGUAAGACGUUUGCAGGGCUCCGAGUUGGAUGUAAGGGGUUGCUGCUGUCUCACGAGUAUGAAGUGAAAGGCAGACGAGUUAUUGUCAAGAUGAUUGGCUGCGCAUAAAUCUGUCAGGACGUGUGGUGGCCAGGGGAUCAAGACUGCUAGAUUAUCAAUCUGUCAGAUCUCAAUUGUGUCUCAAUCUCCACGGAAUAGUUCCUUUGGCUUUCCAUCCUACUAUGGCAUUGUAACAAUUGUCAUUUUCAUCGAAACAUCGAAUAUGGUGUGCAGAAUACCACAUAUUAAAUUGACAAUCGUUCUUUCGGGAGACCAUUGCGAUAAUAACAUUUGUUGCAAGACCCCAGAUGUGUGAAUGUCUCAUCAUUCCAGAUACAGGGUUGUAUUACGUAUACUUCAGGCGGGCCCUGCAAGCGACGGUUUGAGAAAUGUGAAGAUCAAUGCCACAGUAGGCGGCUCAUGCAUUUUUACUUCGAUUCCUUUUAUAUUGUGUUAUAUGCUGCGGGGCAUAGCGCCGCGGCACUAGUGUAAGUGAAUCGAUCGUGCUGUGAUAUUUUUAUGUAUAUUUAGGGUAAGGAUAGAGAGUGUAACGUACGAGUACAAAUGUUAUUCACGGUAAUAUACCGAUUCGAACCCACACGACCAGGCUAGACGCAUCCCGAUUCUGGUAUACUUCGGGCGACAUAUUGUAUUGUGCGUACCGCGGCCGCGUGCGGGCACGCAGCGGCCGCCGUCACCUCGCGAACAGAAUAAGGAUGCGAUCAAAAUCGCGCAUAUGGAGUUUAUACAAAUUAUAAAAUGUUUAAAUUAGACACGGAUGUUCCCAUUUUCAGUGCGGCAGAGUGUCCAUAUGCGCCUAAUACAAUGAUACGAAUAAAGUGACAAUGUUUACUUAAUCGAAGCAGAGUCUAACUGCGACUUAAAAUGUUGAUGAAAUUUAAAAAGAGAAAAAAAAAGAAGCUCCGAAAUAUAUUUUGGAGCGAAUUAUUUACAAGUCGAGGAGAGGAGUCUUAGUGAUAAACGUAUCCAAAGACUGUUAGGUAUUAUAAGUUCUUUGAACUUGAAUUUGACUUAAAAAAGUCAGGGAUUUAUACGGAAAAAGUCAGAUGUGCGAAUUACAGAAAAAAAUAAAAAUAAAAAUGUAGCUAUGUAAAAACUUGGGCUUUGACACAAAACGGGCAAAAAUAAUUGAAAUUGCUAGAUUGGCGCCUCAUGCACCUUCAAAGGUAACAGGCAGAUGUGAAUACUUUCGAUCAGAUGUCGAUAGUGUGGAGACGGGCGGACGCCGAGCCGACGAGGCCGCGCCGUGUCGCCACUAAACCAUGCAUAUUGGUUUCUCCUUCCGGCACGUACGCGCACGAGGGUAGAUGCUGUCCUAAACUGCAAAAUUAGCGGCAAUCUUGUGAAAUAGGCCAAGUUAGAUGACCUACGUAUUUGACUAGCACUACGGGCUUUCAUAUAUUUUCCGUGUCUGUGGUAAGGGCUCGUGCGCAGUGUCGGAACGGUGUACAGUGCAAGCUAGCUUGUUUGCAGUCAUACAUGUUGGUGUUGUACCUCUGUAGAGGCUUUCAUUAAUCAAUAUAAUAGUACUUAUUCAAUCUGUAUUCAUGAUUCAUUGCAAAUUAUACCAUUGUUGAUGUAAUUUUUCGUCGCGAAGGGAGCAAUUGACGAUAUUUUGUAAACUUAUGAAUUGUAUGAGCUACGCGAUAUGUUAAAAUUAUCAGAAGCACAUUAAAAUGGGCGUAUAUAUUUCUAGUAUCUAAACAGUAUUUUUCUUAGGGAUCAAUUUUAUUGUUUUUUUAGUGUCCGCCAAUUUGGGAGGUCGUUUUAUAAAUUCCAAUGAAGAGUAGAAAACUGGAUUUUCUUGAUUCGAGAAUUCUUCUUCUUGUCGUUUCGAUGGCAUUCAGAUUUUUACGGCUUAGUAUUUUGCCACCCGGACAGCGUUUUCGGUGGCAUUCAUCAGCUCCUCUUGCGUCAGGGCACGCGGGGCAAGAUGUCAGACAUAGUCUCACGCAGCUAAGGUCCGGUCCGUUGAGAAAAUUCCAGAAUUGAAUUUUAAAAUCAAAUUGGCGCGUUUUUGAAUUUGGAAUAAGACAAGAAAACCUUAUUUAAUUUCUACUCUUUUUUGGAGAAGUAACGUUUUAAGAAAUAAUUUUAUAAAAAAGAAAAUAUUUGGAGUGCGCCCUCCGCGACCUUCUUGUCCCUAGCUUUAGGUGUUAGGUUAGAACGAACACAGGGUAUUGUGGUUCUAUUUUGACGGAAGUGUUAUUAUAGCUCGAUUGUAAGCGAUUCAGCAUCCGGCAAAUACGAUGGUUGUAGACCAGGCACGCAGCGGAAGUGAGCUUUGAUGGAUGGACUUGGGAAACGGGUUUUAUAAAGAUAUGUGAUACUUAGAACUUGCAACAUGGUUUACGCAAAAAACUUGGAAUUUUCAAAAAUCUAGUGAACAUAAUAUUUCUGCAAAAUAGGCUAAUAAAUAGACAUGAAAGAAAAUAAGUUAUAAAAUGCUAAUCUAGAAAUAGAAGCCAGUAUAAUAAUGAUGAUUAAAAUCAAAUCCAUCUUAUUUUUUUUAUGGAUUUACAAUACAAUACAAAUACACUUCUUCUUCUUUGCGAGUCGAUGGCGAUCGAAGCUAAAUUUUUGCUGACCAAUAAUUGGCCACGCUUACGGCAUUGUCAGUGGCUUCGUACAGGUCUUCAAUAGUGCAGGUGUUAGGGCACUUAGGACAGCACAAAAGGUGAGCCAUAGUUUGUGGUGAUACUCCACACUCGCAAACAUCGCAACCAUCAACCAGGUAUCCCCACCUGCAGAGAUUAUCCUUGCAGCGGCCAACCUGUGUAAUACACUUUAUUGCACCAAAAUAAAAAAGAAAUAAUUACAAAAAUACUCUUAACUAAGUACAUGGCAUGGAUUUACGUAUUUAAAUUAAGAAUUACCUCAAGAGUAGUUUGACGUUUGCCCACGUUUAUUGAUGACGUCAUACGUAUGUAUUUCUUAAAUCAUUUGAAUAGGUUGUCGUUUUGUCUAUGCGAAAAUGAUAUCACUUGGAAAGUUCUUCGGGUGGCCAUAAGUCUAGCGACUUCACUUUGCAAUUCUCAUUUAUAUCAAAGAGGUAGAUAUAUCGGGAGUCUCAUAUUCCCAUUUAAACGCGGUAAGAACCCGUUAUUAUGUGUUUUAAUUAUAUCAAAGAGGUCACAAAUAGUCUAAACCUGUUAAGAGCUGGCCGAAAACUGAUAACUGAUAAAACAAAAAAACAACGGUCCGCGCGCUGCCUUCACGAUUCAAGUCUAAACUAUGUUCGAGGGGGUGAAGUAAAACUAGCUCAGCCGCUGGCGGGGGGCGGAGUUGACGUUCUAUACGUAGUAUUAUUCGUAAUUCUAUGCCUUAGGAGUGGUUCCCUGCGUGCCUGUUGCAUAAUACUACCCCAAUACCCGUCGCGUGUACAAAAUAGUUCCCAACUAAAUCUGUCUCUAAAUUAUAAGACCGCUGGGCCGGGUUCGGUCCUAUUUUAUUAUAAUAUUAUCAAAUGUUGUCAAAGUAAGUGUAUUGAAAUUUUAUUAUGUAAGUGUCCCAACGAGAAACAUAUUUUUGUCUAUUGUAAAUGAACAAAUUUUGUUCUAUGAACUUGAGAAAUAUAUAUGAAGUUGGAUAAAAUAUCUUAUUGGGAUAUCAUAGAAUUGUUUGUUAAAUAAGAAACUAAAUGUCCUAGUUGCUAAGGUUGCUUAUGCUUGUAAACAUCCCUAAAUGGAACUUUUGGCUUUUAUAUGCGGUAUAUCUUUGUCUCUGGUGUAUUUUGAACAAAACACCAGGGCGAAGGCCAUGCUCUAGGGGAGUUGAUAGGCUUUAAGAGUACAAAGAAACUCGUGGUAUUAAGAAUACACUCGUGUACACAAUUUUCUUUGUAGCUGUUUGCAAAACGUGUACCUCUGCUAUCUACCUCAGACACUCUAGCAGACACUAUUAGCAACUACGAAGUAUCACUUCAAUAUUAUAAUAGUUGUAACGUAAUGGCUAAACCCGGUCGACCUUACAGUUAAGCUAAAUUUUCUUAUCGAAACAUACACACGUAUUUCUAACAUGUUACUCUAAUCUUCCUCCACUCGAUUCGGCCUUAAAUUGGAGUUCUAGGUAGACAUGUACGUUCUCGACUUGAGGAAUUUACUCACUGAAGUCGAACAUAUUAAACUGCCUAUAUACGUCCCACUGCUGGGCUCAGGCCUCCCCUCAAUCAACCGGAGGGGGGAGGGUUGGCAGUAUUAUACUGCCAACAUAAUAGUACGGAAAUAACACGUCAUGCCUUACUGGAGUAAACUUGAAUUAACACCUUGACAGUGACCAUACAAAAUGUUUUGACUUCCUUCUAAGUCCCGCAUAUUAGGUACUUCAAUUUUAUACGUCCUGUUAAAAACGUCAAUAAUAAGUGUAUACAGUAACACAAACCAUAGAUUUACCCAAGUGGAUAACACCCGAGUGUAUUAACCUGGUCGUUUCUUAGUGACGCAUGUAUGGAUCACGGACGUAUGGAGCUAGUCCGUCAUGGCCCAUAUAUGGAUCACUGGACUGUCAACGUGUUAAGGUUGAGGCCGUCUAAGAAUGUCGAUUAUGAGCUGAGUUGGAGAAAGACCUUAAGGCCGCUUCAACUGACGACGGAAUGGAGGAAGGCUGGAGUUAAGAUCUUAGACUGCGGGUGCUAUUCUUUUAGCGCUUCUAAAACUUGCAUAAUAGUCUAUAAGCAUUUACUUUCGAAAUAUUGUCGUAUUUGGUAUUUGGAAAUAGCUGUAUAUAGUAUUUGUCUUUGCCACCGAAUGCGGGGACUAUCGGGUCUAAAUUGAAGUUAAACAGAACAAAAUUUCAAAGGGAUUGUAAUAUUUUUUCGACAAGAUUUAUGAAAUUAUACAAAUAACAAGACCAAAAUCGAAAUCUUUUCGGAAAAAUGUAUGAUGCGGCCUAAGCGUGCAGAAAUUAGUAUUGAAGGUGGUUUAAAGGUAAAUGUAUACUUUAAGGGAUCGUAUUUUUGUGCGGCAAGCUUCAAUUGUAUAUAGAAUCGCUGUUCUGGCAAAGGAGAUGGGCAAGUUUGGUUCGAAAUGAAAACAAGCUGACAUUACGUAUUCCUAUUAUAUUAUAAUACAGUACAAAUAAUACUGCUUUAACAGAGAUUUUAAGAAGUUAUAAAAUAAGGUAUUUUUAUCCUCAAAUCUAGAUAAAUAGUAACAGUUUAUAGUAUAUCAAUCAGGCUUGUUUUCAUUUUGGAACCGAUAUAUUUGGCUCGAUCUCCUAAUUUUACUGCUCGUGAUCGUUGAGUCAGAAUCCUCGAUUUCAAACGCAAAUUAGUAAAAGAAUUUCCAUAAAAUAUGUCAAAUAGUAUUCCUGUAUGGAAUAGGCUAGUUUACAACUAGUCAAAUCAGUUACUUUUUACUAAAAGUCUAGACUCGAAAUUUCUAUGGAAUUUGUAUGAAAAAACACCCUGUGACGUCAUAGAAAAACGUGAUAAAAAGUCGGACUUUUUAUUACGUUUUGCUUGAUUAAAAUUCAUAAAUAAGUUAAAUAGAAAAAAGAAAAUGUUUUUCGAUAGUUUUAAAUUUGUCUUUGUUUCGUGGGUGUUAGUGACAUUGUAAUGAAUACUGAGGGGGAUGAUUCAGACCAUGAUUCUGAGUUAAUAUCAAGUGGAAUUUUCCGUCACAAAAUUAAUGUGAUUUUAAAUUAUUUUCAAUUCUAUACUUUUGCGACGGGAAAUUACACUUGAUAUCAACUCUAGAGUCUUGGUCUGAAUCACCCUUAAAGUUUUCGUUAUGAUGUACCUUGAAAAUGUUGGAAAUGCCCUUUUUAAUUAACUUACAGGUUUUUAAGACUUUGCUACGUACGAUUAAAAGUGUUCAUUAUAUUUUUGACAAUAAAUACUUAUUCUACUAGACUUUUAGUCUGUAUACAUAACAUAACCAGCCUAUAUACGUCCCCCUGCUGGGUACAGGCCGCCCCUCAAUCAACCGGAGGGGGCUUUGACUGUAUACAUUGGAAUUUGCUUGUUACUAACAUGUCUACAUAAAUAUUAUGUGAAGUUAGUAGAGGAUUCUGUCCAUACGGUCACUACUUGUUUGUUUACUGUAAGAAUUAGUACAUAUAAUAUAAAGGUGGAGCCCGGCUAUAAUGUAUUGAUAUCACUACCUCAAUAGUUUACGAUAAUGUCAAUUUUAUACAUGAAAUAGAUUUUAAGGUCUGGUGUAUUACAGUUGCAAGUCAAUUUUUAAAAUGUUUGAGCUGUCGCGUUGCCAAAAUUUAAUGUUUAACUUGGAUAACCGGCCACAAACGUGAUAUCAAUCAUCCAUGAUCCAAACUUGAAUUCAUGCUCAUAAGUGACGCCGUAACGAAAACUUUGAGGGAUGAUUCAGACAAUGAUUCUGAGUUGAUAUUAUUGAAAAGUCAUAAAAAAAAUCGUGGUUUAAGUCGAAUUAUGUCAGUUUGUGUUGUGUAUUGGUGCUAAUUCCUGUAAAUACCAUCUAAUUUUAUUUUAAGUUAUAUCUGUCAUUUUCUUAUCCGCCGAAAAGGAAAGGGACGGGUAAUCGACAAGCAUAAAAUUUAUGGAACACACGUCAAUUUUAAGCACAAAUCUAAACCAACCGUCUAAAAAUUUUACAUCCGUCAAUAACCCGACACAGUUAAGUAGACAGCACGUCAAACGGAUUGCGUACCAGCGACGUACCUUUUGAUUCGCCCGGGUUAUACAUUCAUUCACUCAUUCUUCCUAAAAUUAAGAGCUGUGAAUCAUCCGUCCCUUUCCUUUUCGACGGAUAUGAAAAUGACAGAUAUAACUUUAAAUAAAAUUAGGCGGUGUCUGCAGGAAUCGGGGCCAUUAUGUGUGUAUGUUAUGUUUUAUCGAGUCAUGUCAUGGACCUGUGGCGGCUCAAUAGUAACCCUGCCACCAGGGUUGAUGAGGUUGGCAAUUCACCUCACAACCCACACGAUAGAAGAAGAGUCGAAUUCAGUAGUAUUACAGCCUGAGCCGGGAUUUGAACCCGUGACACAACAACAUUGACAGUGAUAAAAAUAUUCAGGCAUAAUAUUUUUUUUUGUUUUGGUUUUCCCCGAAGGGUAAGGCAAAGGGAACUAUGCCCAUACAGCCAUGUCUUACGUAUUUUUUUUUCUUGAUGAUUAAUGAAAUGAUGAAAGGUGCUGAAUGAUGAUGAUGAUGAAACCUAAGCCCCCACCCUCGGAGUAGACUCCUACUCCGAACCCCAAACGAAUUAACUCAAAAGUUCGCAUAAACUUUCGAGUUAUGAAGCGAAAAUAGGCAGAUACACUUUGUUUAUUGAAUACUCCGAUAUAAUAAUACUCGCGAAUGUCUUCCGACUAACUUAAUGCGAUCAUUAACCACAAAACACCACUUCGUAUUAAUUAUUUAGAUUAUUCAAUGAAGAAAGCAACUGUCCCGUUCCUGUUUCCCGCCAAAAAGCCUCGGGCAUAAAUAAUGGAGACCACGAACUUAAUGAAGGCACGUAAAAUAAUGUUGCCAGUUUGAAUAAAUAAAAAUUGACUUGUGGUUGUAUGAAAAAGACAAUAAAUGGGUCUUCCUAUAAAACUAAACGCAGCUUUACUAGUAUAGAAUGUUUUAACACAACAGGAUGUUAGUGAAAUCGUUACGAAAACUUUUAAGGGUGAUCAGACCAGUAUUCUGAUUAGUUAUCAAGUGGAAUUUUCCGUCGCAAAAGUAUGCAAUAUCAAGUGGAGUAAGUAUAGAAUUGAAAAUACUUUAAUAAGAACAAAAAAAAAAACAUUAAUUUUGCGACGGCAAAUUCCACUUGAUAUUAACUCAGAAUCAUGGUCUGAAUCAUCCCCCUCAGUAUUCGUUACGAUGUCACUAACACCCUGUAUAUUAUUUGUAUUAAUUGGAUGUUUUAAAUGUUUUGUAUUAUAAUUGAAUUCAUGAAUGCUUUUAAUAUGAUUUGUAUUUUAUAAUUAUUAUCUUACAUUUUAAACUUGGAUGUUGAAGGUGUGUUGACUUUACUACGGAGUCCUAUUCUAGUAAAGUUUCGCCUGAAUGUUACCUAUGUAAUGAAUAAAUCUUGUAUUUUCUAGCCGGGCUCUACCCAUACCAAUCUACCUCUGCAUGCCUCCAUAUAACAGUAAUUAUAGAUUUGUUAUAAAUAUUACAUAACUAUACACUUUCAUAUACAUAUUUUGUAUGUUAUUACAGAUAAUUAUAAGGGACAUAGGUUUUACAUAUAAUGCUAUUUCACGGUAAUCGCUGUGUAUGUCGUUUCGUUUUAUGUAGGACGCCACUCAGUCUGAACAAUGUAUUGACCGUAAAUUACAUAAUAAACAAUCUGACUAGUUCAAA